AUGGCCAAUAUUGCAGGAAUAAGCGAAAGGGACGAGGAAUACUAUAGAAAAGCUGAGGAUCAAGAGCAAUUCGAGAAUGUGAACGCUGUCGCUCGUCCAGCUGCAACCAAGAUGCGUACGCGUAAACUGAAUGCAUCGCAAAGCAGGUGGCAGGGCUGGCAGCACGACCUCAAGGGCAGUGACUACGAUGAAUUGGUUCACAGAGGAAGGUCUAUCUCCGCGCCACUGGAAGCGAUAGUCUUAGCUGACGAAUUGAGGGAAGCCGACGAAUUGGUAGAGGACGCCUCAUCAUCAGAACCGGGGUCAUCAGGAUCACAGGAACAGGAUAAAGUUGCACAAAUCAAAAGAAGGAAGGUUGAAGAGCUCAUGACGCUCAACGAGUUUCUCAAGAAAUCCAGUGCGGCUGAAGAACAAAAAGAAGAGGAGAAACCGACCCAACAACAAGAAGCGGUUGCAUUACGUGGUCUGGGAAUCAUGCAACGGAAUCACCUAUUGGAGGACACUCUGUACAACAACGAACGAACGACGUUGUGCGAAUUUUUUGGAGCUGCUGAUCAGAAGCCAACACAAACGAAACCUGUUGACAUGUCCAUGUUAAUCAUGGAAGGAGGUUUUGCAGUCACUAAUUAUUGUCAUGACGCGAUAGAUACGAUACUGAUGCGACCGGAUAUGUUCGAUGACGUCGUCGACAACGAACUUCGGAUAUUCCUUCUAGAUACAGCUAAGGCGAAGCACAUUCUGCUCGACGUCAUGCUUCUCCACCCAGAGUUCGUACCUCAAACAUGGGGAGGAGGUAUGCUAGUUAAACGCAAACAACAAGCCGUGGCUGAAGCUGAACAGAAACGUCAAGCUACAGUAGCCGAGGAUCAAACAGUCAGAGACGACGAUCUUAUUGAGAUAACAGUUCCGCAACCCAAACCACCUGUGGCACCACAACGAAAAGUUGAGGCGUCUCCGCAAAAAGUA